AUGCCUUCAAAGGAUCAAUAUCCAGUAAGCGCAGGGCGUGUACGAACCCUGACCAACAGAUGGCAGGGCAGCAAUCUCAGUCCAUUACAGACCACUCUUUUGAUGCUAGAUGUCCUUCCAGAUAGGAAUUGCAGGCUGUUUCCUCAGUUGUUACCAGAGGCAGCUCUUGCAGCGGAAAUAAAAAAGUGGGAAGGUAGAUGUGAGCUAAGACCUUUACCGGGCGCCUCGCCCACCACAAUCAUUACUCUCAUGGUAUUUAGCAUUCUUCCCGAUUGGGGACGUGCUCUUUUCCCUCAAAGAAUCAACCCAAAUAUUGUCCAAGAUCGGACAAACUCAAACUUAAGUAGUUUCACCCUGUUCCCUCUUUUACCUGCAGAGAUUCGGCUCAUGAUUUGGGAGUUGUUAAUUCCAAAAACGAGGUAUCAUAGCAUUACUGAUAAUGCAAUGAAACAUAACAAGACGCACUCUCGGAAGAACCCCGCUAUACUGUAUGUGAAUUCUGAAUCCAGGAGUGUGGCUCUCAAACAUCUGAAACUUCUAUUUGGUAGUGCCAACACGAUUGCCCCUGGGGAAUAUAACUACGGUGUCAACAUGAUCGGCUCCGAACAGUUCAAAUAUUUCAACCCGAAGCUCGACAUCAUCCGCUUCGACGGCCACACACGGAACUUCAAAUUUUCCCUGGGUCCCUAUCCCGCGACUGCAGAUCUCAGCGAUCAAGAACCGAUGAGUGAAUGCGACGAUAUAUAUGAUAUCGAGCUUCGCGAAGACGCAUUACGCGAAAGAGGACCGAGUCCCAACUUCCGAAACCUCAAGUCGUUAGUGAUUCGAUAUACUCGAAGCCACUCUACGCCUUUCAUAGCAACUGGUCCUAGAGGUGCUAGGUUCUUUGUACGGAAUAUGCAUCGGAGAUUUGUGAGGGAUAUAAGAAGAGUGCUUCGAUGGUUUAGAACUCGACUUGAGAAAGGUUUGGUUACUAGGAUUCCUAGGGUUUCUAUUGUGCCUACGGCGAAGGACACUCGCUUAAUUGAGUCGACUGUUGAUUACGGUAGGAUGAUUCUCGGCGCAAGUCAGCAAUAA